AUAUCGAUCAAAUUGUUGGUGUUACCGUACAUGGGGAAUGAGAGAGAGUCUUGGGCGACAACGAUUGUGACGUCACAUCACGGAUAGUCGGUAUAAAAGUUGUUCACUUUUUGCUCGCUCAACGAAACAAGUUUCGUCAGUGAUACAAGGACUUGCGUGCUUUUGCGAGACUUCGCGCGGACAACUUGAGAAGUGCUGACAAUUGUUAUUUUCUCUCCCCUUCGUUGAGCUAAGAGACGUAUUCCGAUGAGUGGGUAUGUCCUGAAAUCGCGAACGCUAUCGCUAGCGUCUAUAUGGUUGGUCUUGGCGGGUCUAUGUAGCGGCGGGGUCAGCGCAAUAUGGUUCGGCCGGCCCGGCGAAGGCUGGACAAGGAACCGGGCGAUUUGGGUGAAACCGCAGGUGGAGGUGGGGUUGGAAGACCGGGCCCAGUAUCCGGACACCGUGGUGGACCGGGACUACUGGCCAACCGAAGAUGAAGAGGAUGACAAGCGAAAUGGGCAACUCUCGUCCCAGGUACUCUUCAAUUUGAUCAGAGGAAAGGGCCGCUCGAGCACUACGAAACGCAGCGCCGAGUGUGAGUCCAACGAGUUUCGCUGUUCAGAAGGAAGCUGCAUACCUAAAGAGUUGAAGUGCAAUGGGGUACCAGACUGCCCGCAAGGGACAGACGAACAGGAGUGCCAGUUUCCCGCCAGACGAGAAAUGCCGCCCCCAAGCGACCGGCGGGUGGCCCACUACCCGAUAGCUGGCCACGCCGCCGCUCAACAGGAACUCAAGCGGUUCCACGACUGCGUACAGAAGUUGAUAUACGGCUUACGUAUUGCAGGGCCGUUUACACGUAGCAAGCAGUGCGAAGUGGGCUAUUCCAGAUGCGCACUGCAGACGCAGUGCUACGACAGCCGUUACGCGUGCGACGGGUACAUCGACUGCGUAGACGCGUCGGAUGAGAUGGAGUGUGCCUCUACACCGUGCCCCGCCGCAGGAUACACCAAGUGCGCCAACGGAUGGCAGUGUUUCGACGCAACACAUACUUGCGACGGUUUGGUGGAUUGCGUGGACGGCUCGGACGAGAGGAACUGUGGGAACAGGGAGUGUCUUGGCUUGGACCAAAUCAAGUGUGGUGACGGGAAGCAGUGUUACAGGGCAGACUUCAGAUGCGAUGGCAUCAUAGAUUGCACUGACGGCACGGACGAAAAUAACUGCUCCAUGUACCAGUGCGGGAGCGGUUUCAGAAAGUGCGCCAAUGGCCUACAAUGCUUCAACACGUCGCUGCAGUGUGACGGCAUAGCUCAGUGUGUGGACGGGAGCGAUGAAGCUAAUUGCCCGGCCCAGGGGAACAAUAGUGCCUCACCGAACACCUCGUUCUCAGGGGCACCAGAGUGGAGUUGCCAGCAUCAUUCAUGCGCAGACGGUUCCAAGUGUUAUCUAAACAACCUGCGUUGCGAUGGCAUUCCCGCUUGCGACGACGGAAGCGACGAGUGGGACUGUGGAAAACGUGACUGAGUAUACCGAGGACUUCAAUACAACCUUUCCGACAAAUAUAGCGACAACACUUCUUCCUGCCUCAUCGACCUCUCAAGAAGAUACGGCGAAUAAAAGAGCAAUUACUGAUAGACCCUUCGAAAAAUAUAACUAAUACAAAAAACAUUCCCUCACCAAAUGAGUAAUUUUAAAAAAUUAGAUGUCCAACCCUCGAUAGAAAGAGAGUACAGAACCAGAAAAUAUAGGAAGAGAAAGUACAUGUAGAACAAGAACGUAAAAGGAAACCAAUUCGAUAUCUUUUGACUUCUUUAACUGGUCGCAUAUAUUUUCUUCUUUUUUUAAAACAUGUACUUCUUUUUAUUGAAUUUCUUCAUGUAGGUGUAAAUAUUAUUACAUUAUCUUAAGAAUUAUGUCCUCGAGCUGAUAAUGUUUACAGUGAAAAUUCAGAUGCGGUUGUAAGGAAAUUGAAUAUUGACCGGGAUAUGUAUUAGAAUUCCUGUAACUAUAGAAGGACGGAGGAAAAACGAUUUGCAUAUUUAAUUGAGAUGUCGAGAUGCCGGAUUUUGUAAACUCACUAGGUGGAAAAAUGGAGCUAGAUCUGGUAGUAGGAUAGAUUGGUAAGCAUCGGCUGUUGUUGCGAAACGCCUCAGAUCUUCGUAGAUUUGCACUUGUUUACUUUAAAGAAUGUGCAUAUUGUAUUUUUGGACUGGAAAAGAAAGCAUAAUUUUUGUGUUAAUUGCAUUCCAGCAGAAUUAACGAUAUUGUAUGUAUUGGUACAGGUCUUUUUAAAAUACAAAAUUAGAAGUAAAUUCAAGCUCCCCUAUUUCCAAGGAGUGGACGUAUAGGGACUAAAGGCAAUGUGGAGUGAAAAUCUGCAUUGACAUCUGAUAGAAAUGCUCAGAAAAUAUAUCAAUCCAUUGGAAACUGGAGUAAAAAACCCGAUCUUUUCGAUUGAAUGAAAUUGUCUCUAAAACGUCUGAUCACUAGUUUCAUUCGGUACGAUGGGUGUGAACUUUCACUACAGGGGAAUAGGGCCUAAUCAUUGCAUUUAAUGGCAGAGACUUGUUGGAAACUUAGUCUCAAAAUUGGUGUUAUUAAUGGCUCAUUGGAGCCACUGUAUAUCAACCUAAAUGUCAAUUACAUACAUUAAUGUUUCCAAGCACAAAACUACAUUAUAUCACAAGAAGUGUAGCCAUUACUAAUUCAACAUUUUGGUACGUAUCGUAGUCUAGAGUCAUGGGAGGGAGGUUUCUCCAGACAGGGCGCCCUACAAACGAUUAAAAAUAGAUUAAAGGAAAGCACAAGUGUCCAUAAGUUUGAUAACGAAUGUAUCGUGAAUAUAAGAAUCGCCAGUCACCUCAAUUCUAUGUAAGAUUGGAGGAAUGUAAAAUGAGGAAUGUAUAAGAAGAAUGUAAAAAAAAUAAAAAAAUUGUGGGCCGUACGACAAAGAUGUUAUACAGUCACUGCGCUGGAGGCUCAUGCCAUGAAUUAUGAACGCGAGUGACGAACGAUCUGUAUAUAAACUAUAUCUAUGAAAAAUUAAUCGCUUGCAUGCAAACAAUAAAGACGACCUAGACAAUAUUUCUUCAUUGACGUCGACGAUCGAUUUAAAGCGACAGUUCCAUGUGUUAUUAAUAUUGUUAGAUUGGCUUGCCAUAGUUAUUGAUUGCCGGGUGUCUUGGGGCUUUGGAAAAUAAAAAAUAAUGUAAGCCUACUUGAGAAAGAGUUAUGCAUAACGAUAAAAAGAAGGAAAAAUGUUAAGUGGAUCGAAUGUCCAAGAUGAAAUAAAAACCUGUUGGCAUGUUGAGUUUUAGACAUUGGUAUUGCUACCCUAUGAAGACAUGAAAUACCCUACGCAACACAUUAAUACACUACGUAUGCAUGUAAUACGGUAUUUGUCUAAAUUCCAAAGAUACCGAAUGUCUUUUAUAAACACACAGCAAGUAGGCUACUAUUACAAAAUCCAAUGGUUAAAUAUCAUGGUUGUUUUCCUUAACUAGAAAUAUUAGAACUUUAAAGGUUUGUUAUCAGUACAGUCUUGUAGACAGUAAGGCAUUCUGGUACAUUUCUUCUUUUGCCCGAGCACAUUGUGUCUAACACAGCACUGCAGUGGGAACCUCUGUUAAUUUUUCUCAAACUAGAACGUCGAUAACUACAUUUAAUUUGCCUAUUUUGUUUCGUGGAAUCCUGAGAAAUAAAGCUGGAA